UCUAGGGUUUCCUCUCUUGACGACUUCUCUGUUCUUCUUCAUCAUCAUCGUCGUCACCGAAAACAACAAAACAAAAACAAAAUAGAAAACCCUAGCUGCUUACCUAGAUCAGCACCACAGAUUAAAACCCACCACCGAUUCGAUUUUGGAAAUUACGAAAAACAAAAACUGAGAUUGGGGGAUUCAUCAUCCUCCACGGAUUUAACCCUAAUUUUUCCUUUCUGGGUUUUGAAAUUGGAUUACACUAAAGCUUCAUAUCACGGCGGCGAUGGUUUCUGCGGAUCGAAAUCUGAUGAGAAAUCAAAGGAGGGCAAUAAAGAUUUGAUUUUUAAUUUUCUAAUUCCGGGGAUUUGGGGGUUUUUGUGUGCCCAAAAAUGUUAAAGCUGGUUUAUAAAGGGGAAGAGUUACUUGGGGAGGUAGAGGUGUACCCAGAAGAGUUGAACAACAAGAAAUUGUGGGAUGAGUUGAAGGAAAUCAGAAUAAGCCAUUAUUCUCAGUCCAGUGAGAGAUGUCCACCUGUGGCUGUGCUUCACACCAUUAGCUCUAAUGGGGUUUGCUUCAGAAUGGAGUCCAAGUCUUCUUCUUCACAGGACUCGCCGCUCUUUCUUUUGCACUCCACAUGUAUCAUGGAGAACAAGACUGCAGUUAUGACCUUAGGGGGGGAGGAGCUGCAUCUGGUUGCAAUGUACUCGAAGAAUAAUCAAAAACAGCAUCCAUGUUUUUGGGGAUUCAAUGUAUCAUCAGGACUAUACAGUUCUUGCCUUGGCAUGCUGAACCUAAGAUGUCUUGGCAUUGUAUUUGAUCUUGAUGAAACACUUAUUGUUGCAAAUACAAUGCGUUCCUUUGAGGAUCGAAUUGAAGGCCUGCAGAGGAAAAUACAAUGCGAGGUGGACCCACAAAGGAUUUCUGGUAUGCAGGCAGAAAUCAAGCGAUAUCAAGAUGACAAGUUUAUACUGAAGCAAUAUGCUGAAAAUGAUCAAGUUGUUGAAAAUGGGAGGGUGAUCAAAACUCAGUCUGAGGUUGUUCCAGCCUUAUCUGACAACCAUCAACCUAUCAUCCGGCCACUUAUACGGUUUCAGGAGAAAAAUAUUAUCUUGACUCGCAUUAAUCCACAGAUUCGCGAUACAAGUGUUCUCGUGAGGUUGAGACCUGCAUGGGAGGAUCUUAGGAGCUACUUGACUGCAAGAGGGCGCAAGCGUUUUGAAGUUUAUGUUUGCACAAUGGCUGAAAGGGAUUAUGCUUUAGAAAUGUGGAGGCUUCUUGAUCCAGAAUCAAAUUUAAUAAACACAAAUAAAUUACUUGACCGCAUUGUUUGUGUCAAGUCUGGUCUAAGGAAGUCAUUGUUUAAUGUCUUCCAAGAAAGCUUAUGCCAUCCUAAGAUGGCUUUGGUGAUUGAUGAUCGCUUGAAGGUGUGGGAUGACAGAGAUCAACCUCGGGUGCAUGUUGUUCCUGCAUUUGCGCCUUACUAUGCUCCUCAAGCUGAAGAAAAUAAUGCUGUCCCUGUGUUAUGUGUUGCAAGAAAUGUUGCCUGCAGCGUCAGAGGUGGCUUCUUUAGAGAAUUUGACGACAGUUUACUACAAAAGAUUCCGGAAAUUUUUUAUGAAGACAAUAUUAAAGAUAUCUCCACCCCUGAUGUCAGCAAUUUUCUAGUUUCAGAGGAUGAUGCUUCUGCUUCAAAUGGAAAUAGAGAUCAGCUUCCUUUUGAUGGCAUGGCAGAUGCUGAAGUUGACAGAAGACUAAUGGAAGCUACCUUAGCUGCUUCAACAGUCUCUUCAGCAGUCAAUAACAUCGAUCCAAGGUUUGCUUCCCUUCAGUACACAGUGCCUCCUUCCAGCACAGUUUCACUGGCAACAAAUCAACCAUCGAUGAUGCCUUUUCAUAAUGGGCAGUUCCCUCAGUCAGCUUCUCUGGUUAAACCUUUGGGUCAUAUUGGACCUGCCGAUUUAGGCUUGCAUAAUUCUCCUGCUAGAGAGGAAGGGGAGGUACCUGAAUCCGAAUUAGACCCUGAUACAAGGCGGAGGCUACUGAUUUUGCAGCAUGGCCAGGACACGAGAGAGCCUGUACCAAGCGAACCUCCGUUUCCUGUACGACCUCAAGUACAAGUCUCUGUUCAACGGGUGCAAUCACGCGGAGGCUGGUUUCCAGUGGAAGAAGAGAUGAGCCCACGAAAACUGAGCCGGAUGGUACCCAAAGAUCUUCCUUUAAAUUCAGAACCCAUGCAGAUAGAGAAGCAUCGAUCUCAUCAUUCAGCUUUUUUCCCAAAAGUUGAGAAUUCUAUGCCGUCUGAUAGAAUUCUUCAAGAAAAUCAGAGACUGCCAAAGGAGGCAUUUCACAGAGAUGAUCGGUUGAGAUUCAACCAAGCAAUGUCUGGAUACCAUUCCUUCUCAGGUGAGGAGUCUCCCUUGUAUCGUUCAUCUUCCAGCAACAGAGAUUUUGACUUUGAAUCUGGACGACCUGUAUCAAAUGCGGAAACUCCUGCUAGUGUUUUACAAGAAAUUGCAAUGAAGUGUGGAACCAAGGUGGAGUUCAGGCCAGGUUUGGUCCCCAGCACGGAACUGCAGUUUUAUGUUGAGGCUUGGUUCGCAGGAGAAAAAAUUGGUGAAGGAACUGGUAGAACAAGAAGGGAAGCUCAUUUCCAGGCUGCAGAGGGCUCUCUGAAAAAUUUAGCCAAUAUUUACAUUUCUCGUGGCAAGCCUGAUGCUCUGCCCAUUCAAGGGGAUGCGAGCAAGUUUUCUAAUGUUACAAACAAUGGUUUUAUGGGCAAUAUGAAUUCUUUUGGGACUCAGCCAAUGCCGAAAGAGGACUCUCUCUCGUCUUCAACUUCAUCAGAGCCAUCUAGGCCUCUAGACCCCAGGUUGGAAAGCUCUAAAAAGUCUGUGACUUCAGUUUCUGCACUUAAGGAACUGUGUACGAUGGAGGGUCUUAGUGUGGUCUUUCAACCACGCCCUCCACCCCCUAAUUCGAUGGAGAAAGAUGAAGUGCAUGUACAGGCUGAAAUUGAUGGAGAAGUCUUGGGGAAAGGGAUUGGCUUAACUUGGGAUGAAGCUAAGAUGCAGGCUGCUGAGAAGGCUCUUGGAAAUCUAAGAUCAACACUAUAUGGUCAGAAACGUCAAGGUUCUCCAAGGCCUUUGCAAGGGAUGGCAAGUAAACGCCUGAAGCAGGAAUUUCCACAAGUUCUACAGCGAAUGCCCUCUUCUGCUAGAUAUCCAAAAAAUGCUCCUCCUGUUCCUUGAGGGUCCUCCCACUUUAUCAUUCCAUUUUGGUAUAGCUACUGACCCAACAUGCUGGUACAUAUUAUAGAGAAGGACCGUGGCUGUGGAGACUUAAAAGUGCCAGUUGGCCAUAGCCUUGGUGUUGUCAUGCAAAAUGUUGGCUGACAACGUCUUGCCCACGAGAAAAGCUUCCCGAAGACUUAAUGGCAGGGGAGACGCCUGCUUUGCCAGGUGAUUUCGGUUUUGAGGCUUUGUGUUCCCAAAUCAUUGUUCCGAACAGUUUUCCACUUGCUUUUAGACCUCGCCUGGCAUAUUAUUAGAGUUGAUGCCAUGUAACUUCACUUUUUGGUGUGUGGUUAAUGCAUUCUUUCCAAGAUUGUUGAAAGAGUUUAUUUGGGCGGAUUUGUUAUACCAAACCUUCCAGGGCAGCUUUCAGCAUGCUCAGUGUUACGGCGCUCUAACCAUUGACGUCUAGAUACUGCUUUUAGUGUCCAUAUCUGAUUGGGAAUACGAGGAUAGGUUAUUACAUUUUUAGGGAUAUGUUUACCUGAGGUGGAACUGCUUAGUUUCCAAGUGAUGUAAAUUCGGCUUUUGUAAUUCCAUUCACUUGUUAUGCAGUGGAAAAUUUGCUACAUAUGCUUUAUAUCAUGGUUGCGCCAGCACAAACAAGCAGAACACUGGUAUCAUUAAUGAAAAAUGGCACACCAGUGUUACGUUUCAACUUUGAGCCUGCUUUUGAUCCAAAAGCCUUUUUUGGUGCGAUUUUGUGACGCCCAAGAUUUUGGCUUCUGGGGCAGGAGCUCUCCUAUUCAGGUGG